AGAGAGAGAGAGAGAGCUCAGUCCUACUGACUGCACUGGGGAAGGGAAGAGGGAGCCAGGCAGCCUCGGGUGUCCUGGCCAGAAUCUGGCGCCAACAAACCUGCACUUUCCGGUUUAGGAAGCCAGGGAUCCAGGAAAGGGAGCGGCGGCGGGAGGCGCGGGGCGAGGGCGCCGGGAAGAUGCUGCAGUCCCUGGCCGGCAGCUCGUGCGUGCGCCUGGUGGAGCGGCACCGCUCGGCCUGGUGUUUCGGCUUCCUGGUGCUGGGCUACCUGCUCUACCUGGUGUUCGGCGCCGUGGUCUUCUCGUCCGUGGAGCUGCCAUACGAGGACCUGCUGCGCCAGGAGCUGCGCAAGCUGAAGCGGCGCUUCCUGGAGGAACACGAGUGUCUGUCGGAGCCGCAGCUGGAGCAGUUCCUGGGCCGCGUGUUGGAGGCCAGCAAUUAUGGAGUGUCGGUGCUCAGCAAUGCCUCUGGCAACUGGAACUGGGACUUCACCUCCGCGCUCUUCUUCGCCAGCACCGUGCUCUCCACCACAGGCUAUGGCCACACGGUGCCCUUGUCAGACGGGGGCAAGGCUUUCUGCAUCAUCUACUCUGUCAUCGGCAUCCCGUUCACCCUCCUCUUCCUGACGGCUGUGGUCCAGCGUGUCACCGUGCAUGUCACCCGCAGACCCAUCCUCUACUUCCACAUCCGCUGGGGCUUCUCCAAGCAGGUGGUGGCCAUCGUCCACGCUGUUCUGCUGGGGUUCGUCACCGUGUCCUGCUUCUUCUUCAUCCCAGCCGCUGUGUUCUCCGUGCUGGAGGAUGACUGGAACUUCCUCGAGUCCUUUUACUUCUGCUUCAUCUCGCUGAGCACCAUUGGCCUGGGGGAUUACGUGCCAGGGGAAGGCUACAACCAGAAGUUCCGAGAGCUGUACAAGAUUGGGAUCACAUGCUAUCUUCUCCUCGGACUCAUCGCCAUGUUGGUUGUCCUGGAAACCUUCUGCGAGCUCCACGAGCUGAAGAAAUUCAGGAAAAUGUUCUAUGUGAAGAAAGACAAGGAUGAGGAUCAGGUUCACAUCAUGGAGCAUGACCAGCUGUCCUUUUCCUCCAUCACUGAGCAGGCGGCCGGCCUGAAGGAGGAUCAGAAGCAAAACGAGCCUUUCGUGGCCCCCCAGUCACCCCCCUGUGAGGAUGGCUCUGCGAACCACUGAGCCCGGGCCAUCAGAUCCUGGAUGUGAGGCAGAGCCUUGAUUGUCCAUUUUUACAAGGAAGUCAAAACAAGAUGACGUCAUUUUAAGAAAUAUCAAUAUUUUAAAAACAUGGGACUUCGGGCUCUGGAGUAAUCCCUGCCCACAUGAGAUAUGUGCCUGUAAUUCAUAGGAGACACAUCACCUGGACAUCACACACUGGGACGGAUACUUGAAGCAGUGUGCUGCAGGGGAUGGGAGCAGAUUUUUUUUUUUUUUUUUUUUUUUUUUUUUUUGGUUUUUUGAGACAGGGUUUCUCUGUGGCUUUGGAGUCUGUCCUGGAACUAGCUCUUGUAGACCAGGCUGGUCUCGAACUCACAGAGAUUCACCUGCCUCUGCCUCCCAAGUGCUGGGAUUAAAGGCGUGCGCCACCACCGCCCGGCGGGAGCAGAUUUUAUAUAUAAUUGGGGACUCUGGGUUUGCAUUCCAAUCAUUUUUGCUGACAGCUACAAUAGCAACAUUUAUAUUUAAAAAAAAUAGAGAGUUGUAUUUUAUAAAUAGGCUUAAGUGUCCUGGCUUGCAUGUACCUCUCCAAAAAUAAUUAUUUUUGUAGGAUCUAAAUUAACGCUAUUUAUAAUAAAUAGGUUACCAUCCACUGUGUACAUAGAACAUAUAAAUAUGUUUAUACCCUGUACAUACGUGUAGGCUACCAGAUCUUCCUGUACUCCUUAAGCAAAGAUAAGGAAUAUUUUUUCUUUUUGAUUUCUCUUUAUACUAAACUCAGAAUGCCACAACAAGCUAGAAGGUAUAAGAAACCCAAGAGAAAAUCAGUAUGAUAUUAUAUUACCGUAUUUGUUUCUGCCUUCUUACAAUGGUGUGGGACCAGAUGGCCAGUGAGGAAGAGGACUUAUGAGAAGGUGAGAUAUUUGGUCUGGAAGAGUUACUGCUGUUUCUACACACCUCACAGUAAAGCACAGGACACAGGGUCAAUGCCCCCAACGAACAGAUUAUGUCAGGCUAAUCUGAGAAGUUUACGUGUAGAAGCUGAAGUCAAUAAAAUCAUGGCAGGUUGCAAUCUCGUGUUUUACUCUGAUGUUUUCCUCCAUAUCUACAGUCUAUAUGGGCAUUGCUUUAGAGAUAACAAUAGUAGCCAUCUGGGAUGUGCCUGGUGUAUCUUACAUAUCAGGAAGGCCCUGUGUGAUGACAGAUGUUCACGAUCUUGCUGUCAUGGCUCAUACCCAGAGGUGAUUUCCCUCACCUGGUGAUGACCUGGCCACAUCCGUGACUGCAGGGUGUGGUCCUUACAUUAGGUAGCUCGCUCCCACCACCUAAGCCCCUUGUUGCCCACUCCUGCCUUAUCCUCCCAACACGGAUCUGAACCAGGCUUGGGCCAUUUUAUUCCAGAAUCACUAUCAUCACAGCACAGCCCUGGAAUUAGCAACCUUACAGGCAAAAACACACAAUCUCAGGUGUCAAAAGUUUGAAGUCAUUUUACGUCAUUUGCUCAGUGUUGGGAUUUGAAUGUUUUUAACACUCAGUUCUCCACUUGUACUUUUUGGUACCACAUGAUGGAAUGGAUCCUCUGAAGCCUUGAGUCAAAAUAAACCCUUCCUUAAGUUGUAUUUGACAGCUAAUUGGGUCACA